GCGGCUGAGCGGGCCAUGGAGGACAGACCCGCCGGCGGAACCCUCCCGCGAGAGGCCUCGACUGAGGAGGCUGAGCCGCUGGGUGCUGCGUGGAGCGGGGACAGCGGCCACGUAUCGCAGAGCCACAGCAGCGCGUCGGGGCCGUGGGAGGAUGACGGCCCCGAGGACGCGCCGGGCCGCGACCUGCCGCUGCUGCGCCGCGCCGCCUUGGGCUACGCCUCCAGCCUGCUGCCCGCCACGGGCCCGCGGCCCGAGGUGGAGGCUCUGGACGCCAGCCUGGAGGAGCUGCUGGCCAGGGUGGACGAGUUCGUGGGCAUGCUGGACAUGAUUCGCGGAGACUCGUCCCACGUGGUGAGCGAGGGCGUGCCGCAGAUUCACGCCAAAGCGGCGGAGAUGAGGCGCAUCUACGGCAGGAUCGACAAGCUCGAGGCCUUCGUGAGGAUGAUCGGCUGCAGCGUGGCCAGGUUGGAGGAGCAGGUCACCAAGGCCGAAGCCGAGCUGGGGACCUUCCCUCGGGCUUUCCGGAGGCUGUUGCACACCAUCAGUGUUCCCGCUCUCUUCAAGUCGGCGCCCACCGGGCCCCAGCGCGUUGCCUACGAGCCGCCGGUCCUGUUUCGGACCGAGGACCACUUCCCCAGCUGCGAUGACAGACCACAGCUCUGAGCUUGCACCUCUACCGCAGGAGGACUCCAAGGAGACUCUUGUUCCGAGUGUUAAGAGAUCCUGCCUUAUGAUGUCAGGAUGUGAACUGCUAAAAGUUUAUUUUCUGUAAACGACUUGAUAUUGUCAAUAUUCAAUGUCGAGAGUGUAGAUCCCCGUGUCUUCCAGUUCUGAUCCGGAAGUUGUUUGGUGGGGGGCUGGGGAAGCCAACUGAAUUAAUUUAUCUGUGCAAUAUGGCAGAGCUGUUAUUUUUAUGGCCUUUAUUACAGUUAACAGUGUUACCUUGUUAAGAUUUAUAUAUUUAUAUGAUCAAAAGUGACCAAGAAAUUAAAGCUGUAUUCUUAAAUCCUAA